GUGAAAUGUGAAAUUCUGAUGCUGGAGAGUGCAAUCGGAAGAUCGAAUCUACAUGAACUCCUCAGGACACGACACCUCCUUUGGGAUCUAACGAUCGGAGUGUUUGUAUCACAACCCACCGGGUCCUCGAUAAGCAGCCCCACGUGACUUUAUCUCCCCCACGAAUUUCGAGAAUUUUCGCCCAAACGCCCAAAGACCCAAAGACUCAAGGACCCAAAGCUGCAUCUCUCGAUUUCUCUCCAAUCAUCCCAAUCCCCCCAACGCCUGUCCUCGGACGACCUACCGCCCAAAAUGCCUCCUCGGAAGCAGUGGAUCGACAAGAAAAACGCAACCACCUACCAACUCUUCCACCGCUCCCAACAUGACCCUCUCAUCCACGACCCCAGCGCCGACGACCGCGUGCUCGCGCCGGUGUCCGGCCCGGCCCCUACCACUACCAGCAGCAGUAGCAGCACGGCCGACGCCCACCGGGGCCAGAACCUGGCCACGCUGACCCAGCAAUUCGGCAGCGGCGCCGUGCGCAAGAACGAAGGCGAGGCGGCCAACUACGGCAUCUUCUACGACGACACCAAAUAUGACUACAUGCAGCACCUGCGGGAGUUGGGGACGGGCGCCGGGGACGCGCACUUCGUCGAGGCCAAGAACCAAGCCCCGGCGGGCAAGGGCAAGAUGAAGCUGGAGGAUGCGCUGCGGCAGGUGUCGCUGGACGAGGAUGGGCAGGGCAGCGAGUUCGGGGGCAGCUACCGCUACGCCCCCAGCGAGAUGCGGUCGACCGCGACGGCCUACUCGCGGAAGCCCACCUACCAGGACCAGCAGAACGUGCCGGACGCGAUCGCGGGCUUCCAGCCGAACAUGGACCCGCGGCUGCGCGAGGUCCUGGAGGCGCUGGAGGACGAGGAGUACGUCGACGAGGCGGACGAUGACAACCUGUUCGGCCAGCUGACCACGCGUGCGGAGGAGAUGGACCAGGGCGACUGGGAGGAUACCCUGUACGAUGACUUCGACGAGGAGGACGACGAGGGGUGGGAGUCGGACGCGACGGAGAAGGCGCCCGUGCAGACGCAUACGACGGCCGCCAAGGCGCAGUACGAAAAAAGGGUUGCGGCUGGGGGUGACGAUGCGGAGGAGAUGAUGCCAGAGCAUGACGCCCCGGCGCCGGACAUGCAUCCCGAGGAUCAGGGCUGGAUGCGCGAGUUCGCCAAGUUCAAGAAGGACGUCAAGGCCGGCGUCGCCAAGCCCGCCGUGCCCGCCGCCGCCCCCAGUGUCGGGCCCUCCGAGCAGCAGAGUACGCUAGCGUCGACGGUGUUCACGGUCGGCGGGACGCCGAUCCGGCGCAAGAAGCGCAAGGGUGCCCUGACGAACCCCUCGGCGUACUCGAUGACUUCGUCGGCCCUGGCGCGGACCGAGGGCCAUCGGCUACUGGACGAUCGGUUCGAUCGCGUGGAGCAGCUGUACGCGCUGGACGAGGAGGAUGAGUUCGACGACAGCAUGUCCAUGGUCAGUGGCAUGACGGGCAUGACCGCCAUGACGGGCAUGUCGGCGAUCUCCGAGGCCCCUAGUCUGAUCGAUGCCAACGGGCAGACGGUCAACCCCCGCCACAACUUCACCUCGGUGAUGGAUGACUUCCUCGCGGGCUGGGACGACAACACCGGGUCCCAGGCCAAGCGCAAGGGUGUCAAGUACAAGCGCGGCAAGCACGGCAACGAGGCGAUCGGCAUCCGCAUGCUGGACGAGGUGCGCCAGGGCUUGGGUCCGGCGCGUGUGGGUUCUUCCGGACGGGUCCCCGGACGGGCGUAAGUACGGUGUGGAUUUCAGGGGGUGACCCUUUUCUCUCAUUGCUGCUACGGCGUGUGUGCACAUGCUUUCAACGAUUGCGACGAUACCUCUUACCCAUGGCAUGUUCUGGCUGGAAAAAUAAAAGAUUGCGGGCUUUCUCACAUAACAUAGGCGUCUCGGUUGCGGUUUUGUUCACUUUUCCCACCUUGCAUGGUAGAUAGACGUCAACACAAAAAGUCUUUUCAUCGGUUGCUUUUCACACAGAUUCUAAAAAAAUGGCCGGAUGCAUACUUAGGCCAACACAUCCACAUAGGAAUUCAUGUAAUCAUUGUACAAGACAUCAUUUAUCCAUAUCCAUAUACAUACAGGCAUCAAUUGCCGAAAAAGGGGGUAUACAAAAAGUUUCUAUCAUCU